GCACGACCCGGGCGGGCUUGCCGUGCCCUGCCGGGCUCUGUCGGAGCACCACGGCCGCGGGGAGGCGGCCCGGGGCCCCGCUGCGCCCCGCCGGCCGCGGCCAGGCCCGAGCAGGCCAGCGCCAGGCCCCGCCUCUCCCCGCAGGCUGCUCGGCGGUGGGCCGGGGCGGGCGGAGCCGGCGGCCGGAGCCAUGAGCGCCCACCGCAGCGAGAGCGACUGGCAGGGGCUGGUGCACGAGUAUCUGGUGUGCAAGAGGAAGCUCGAAAGUAAAAAGGAGGCAUUGCUAAUCCUUUCCAAAGAGCUGGACACUUGUCAACAGGAAAGAGACCAGUACCAGCUCAUGGCCAACCAGUUGCGGGAACGACACCAAUCUUUGAAAAAGAAGUACCGGGAGCUGAUUGAUGGGGAUCCAUCCCUUCCCCCUGAAAAGAGAAAACAGGCAAAUCUUACUCAACUACUGAGUGAGGCUCAAGAUCGAAAUAAGCAUCUUGGGGAAGAGAUCAGGGAGCUUCAGCAGCGACUGGGAGAAGUACAAGGGGACAAUAAGCUCCUUCGAAUGACAAUAGCAAAGCAAAGACUCGGAGAUGAUGAAGUUGGGGCUCGCCACUUUGCAGCACAUGAACGUGAGGAUCUUGUCCAACAGUUGGAGAAGGCUCGAGAACAAAUCGAGACUCUGAGACUUGAUCUUCAAGCUGCGCUGGAUGAGCUACAGGAUGUUAAAGAAGAACGCUCUUUUUACCAAGAUAAGUCUGAUAGACUAAACCAAGAACUUAAUCAUGUCUUAGGAGGACAUGAGAAUCGUAUCAUCGACAUAGAUGCUCUGUGUAUGGAGAACAGGUAUCUUCAAGAGAGAUUAAAGCAACUUCAAGAGGAGGUCAACCUUCUUAAGUCUAAUAUUACUAAAUAUAAGAAUGCACUAGAGAGGCGAAAAAAUUCAAAGACUCAUGGCAGAUCCAGUAGCAGUGCUCUGACUGGAGUCCUGUCUGCAAAGCAAGUCCAAGAGUUGUUGUCGGAGGAUCAUGGAUGUAGCCUUCCAGCCACGCCACAGUCCAUUUCAGAUCUCAAAUCACUGGCCACUGCUCUGUUGGAAACGAUCCAUGAAAAAAACAUGGUCAUACAACACCAAAGGCAAACAAACAAAAUUUUAGGUAAUCGAGUGGCAGAACUUGAAAAGAAGUUAAAAACUUUGGAAAUUGCUGGUUUGUGGAGUCUUCCAGGCCUGAGCUACAAUGUCUCAGUGGGAUUUGGGAGUGGAAAGGAUACCAUAACAUUCAGUGACCCAACCGUGCCUGUUAUACAGCGGUCUAGGUCACCAUUGUUAGCAUUUACUGAUAAGCCACAGCAAACUGAAGUACAAGCAGAACAGAAGGGGGAACAUAAUGAAACUCGUGCUGUUGCAAGCGAGUCCAUGGCUCCACAGGAAAGAAACCUGAAUAACAGAAACCAAAAUAAACAUUUUUAUCCUUCAUUACCCCAGUUACCUUCUGAGGAAGAAGAAAUAAACAAGCUUGAAAGCAAAAUAAUUAAACUGACAGAACAGGCAGUUUCAGAACUGGAAGGGAAGAGAACAGAAAGUUCAGCUGGGGAGCAGAACACCGUGGUUGGGGCAGAGCUUAAUGGUUCAGCAGAGGGAGAUUUCCGAUUCUCCAGCCCGGACAUAUCCAACCCCACAGAUCCCUCAACAUCUGAAAGUGAGCCAACAGCUGAAACUGAGACCCUGAAGGACAGCGAUGAAACCUCAGAGAGUGACUGUGAGAUCACAAACGGAAGAGGGAAUCAGAACGGCAUCACCGUGGAUGCGGUGGGUGCUGAGGACCCCAGAGGGCACAGAGGUCUCAGCGUUACGACUGCACGCACACAUGGCAGCUUGGAGGAGCUCCCUGAAUCUGAGAACAUGAAACCGUCUGAUCAUGCUGAAAACUGUGAACUUUUGGAUAACAGUUUGGCUUGAGGUAUGACAUCCAAGCCCUCGAGCUUCUCACUGUAAUCCUCUUGCAAGUGGGUCUGUGCUGCUGUGACUACGACCAGUGAAAGUUUGUCAAAGGACUGAUUUUUUUACACGAGUCUGUUAAUAUUUGUCUGAUAAUGGUGUUCUUCUGUUAGUUUUGACUGCAGUAUACCAAAAAUGUAAAUAAUCUGAGGGAAAGAACUUGAAGCUGUUCAGGUUUAAUCAUUUUAGUUCUUUGUAAUGAUUUGAGGUUUCUGUGUAGAUUGAUGUAAUUUCCAGCCGGGAAGCAAAGAGACCAGUGAUAAUGAGGUACCAUGUUACCGCUGGGCUUCAGGAAGGCGUGCGGUCUUAGAGCUGGACUUCAUUUCAGUGGUUAGAAGUGUCUUCCAGUGAUGGAAAAUUUGGAAUGAUGAAUUGAGAAGUACCUUAAGGUCGUAGGGUUUUGCCUGUUUCUCAGACUGCGUUCUGUUUCUCUGUCCAUAACGGCUGUGAGUACAUCCUUAGAAUAAAACCGCUGUUCGGUAAUGGGAAGCAGGCAGCUUUCUGGGAACCACCCCUGCGUGUGUACGUUCUCGCAUUUCAAACCUUUCUGUCUUUUACUUCCCUCUCCCGGUUCAUCUCAUGAAAACAAGGAGAGUUAUUUCACCAGACACUAAGAACCCAAAUUAAUGAUGCUCUGAAGAAACAUCAGAGGAGCCAGAAUUAUUGUUGUGAGGAACAGCAGUGCUGUUCCAAGCAAGGAGAAUGGCAGGAGGAGAACCAGUUAUGCCCUGCCAGCCUGCUUAGUGCUCUGGGUUACUGGAAUUGCAUCCCACAGCCUCCAGGAGCUGCAACAGCCCUCAGACCUUAACAUGUGGUAGAUUUCAGCCUACUCCACUUGUGCCUUCCUUUUUGAAAGAAUCUGUCUCUUAUUUUAUGUUUUGGAAAACAUGAAAAUGUUCAUGUUUAUGUUUCCUCUUCAUUUCACCCCUCCUUGGUGUAGUAGGUUUAUUUGUGCUGUUCCUGCUUCCUUAAACUUCUUCCCUUGUUGGUGUUCAGUCAUAGGAAAGCUUUCCUGGAACAACUGGAAGAGGAAGGCUGCUGUGUCAUUCCCCAGCUCGCUCCUGAAGCUGGAGCUGUGCCACUCUGCUCCUAGGAAGGCAGCAACAAGGGAAUGCUUAACGGUGAAGUUAGCAGCUGUUGGAGAAGGGGAGGCACGCCCUUCCUCUCCUGCUCGUCGCAUAAGGAAUAGUCUCUGCAGCUGUGGAGCUUCUAUGGGCCAGCAGCCGUCAAGGCAAUUUUUCUGCUGGCUUGGGAACUAAUUGUCUGUAAAUGUUCAUUUCUCACUCCUAGAACUUGAAACCAAUCAGAGGGAAUUAAAACAAAUUUAAUAAAAUACUACUAAUAAAAAGGAAAAUCCCUCCCAGAUUGAAUCCUCCUUUGACAAAUAACUGCCAGCUGCAAAUUUUUACAGCCCACUUGUCAGCCACUGAAUAAACAGAGUUUAUAUUAGCAAUACUGACAAACUCCUCUGUAUAUGGGAGCUGAGCUAGCAGGUGCUGCCAUAAUCAAGGUGUCAGAGUCCAUGAGCAGUUUGUAUUCAGCAGAAGAAGGGCUGUAUGUAAAUGAUUACAUAUAAAUAUAAGGAAUGAUAGUGGGAAGGUGAAAAAUGUGGCUUGUCGCUGUUCUCAUGUGUUUUCCUUGCCAGGUGCAUUCGUGUAACCCUUUCAGCACCUGUCUGCAGGCAGUAAACCUGUAGUCACGGUGCUCCUGGGAUGGGUUUCCUUCCUCUUUAAAGGUUCUUCGGCACUGCAGCAUUUCACUGAUGCUAAGCAGCAGCCCUUAGGGGAAAAACAUCUUUAUAUUUAAGUGCGUUAGGAACAUGAAGCAGUAAAAAGUUUUUCUUUCAUUAUCCUGACAAUUUAAGUUCCUCAUAACCUGAAAACCACGAAGAGUUUAAGCAUUUGAAAGAUUGUUAUGCUGUUGCCAUUAAUUGUAACUGACUGCACUAUUGACUCAUUUAUAUGACAGUACUGACAAGUCGGAAGAGAAAUAGCUGCACAAUCUGAAAUCUCUGGGAGAAUGUGGCAGAUUUUAUUCCUGUAAUGCUUGAAUGUUACAUGAAGGAUCAUUUUAUUCAAGAUACAUUCUUCUCCAUCUUUCAGAGACUAAUCCUGCGCAGAGCUAAAUAUCACUGCGGUCAGAGCUGAUGCAAGCCAGUAAAAAGGGCAGGAUUUCAUGUAGCCGAGCUCUGAAAUGUUCAGGUGAAACGUUCAGGGUGCUUUAUGACUGUUGGUUCCUUGUCCUAAAUCUUCCCUGACCCACAGAGGUGUGAGUUGAUGUUUGCUGUUGUUCCCUCAACAGCCAGUUAGUGCUAUUAAUUAAUGAAGAGCUUGGUACAGAAAUUGGAGCAGGUGGAAGCCAUGCUGGACCAACAGUUGCUGUUCAGUGAUGGAUUCUUUGCGGUGUGUUUUUUUCUGUGAGAAGAAAACGGAGAUGUACAACUCAAUAUCAACAAGGUCAUUGGGGUAACUCUCCUUAAAUGCCAUGUUUGUAUCUUUCAUAGAAUCAUAGAAUGGCUCGGGUUGGAAGGGACCUUAAAGAUCAACUCCAAGCCCCCUGCCAUACGCAGGGACACCACCCACUAGAUCAGGUUGCUUAGGGCCUCAUCAACCUGGUCUUGAACACCUCCAGGGAUGGGGCAUCCACAACCUCUCUGGGCAACCUUUCCAGUGCCUCGCCACCCUCCGAGUGAAGAAUUUCCUCCUAAUGUCUGCUCUUUGCAACUGUUAAAUUCCAGGAAGAUAGCUAGAUCUCUGGAAUCUCAUUUAGAGUGUUGUAUCAUACUGUGAUGUUGGCCUCAUCUGUUCUGCUCGAGUUAAUGCGUAUUCUAGCUGCGGUUAUAGCCUUCUCCCAGGAACACAAGAUUUCAACUCCAGGACACUUGUAGAAGUCAGACUGCACUACGUGAUAGCUAAUUGAAUAGUCUGGUCAGCAUCUUUCUUGGAUGUUGUUUAGAUGUAUAUUGUUGUGUUAUUAGGACUAUGAUUUUUUUGGUGAAUACAUGUUUUGUUGUGGAAUCAACCCUACUUUAUUGGGUUUCUUUUAGACUCACGUUCCCUUUUUCUAGGACUUCAGAAAUGGGGAGAUCACAUCCUGCUGUAAGCUCUUUUGCUGCUGGUCUCUGGGGAAGCAAACUGGGAAGCGGAAUGCUGUGGCAAGGGGACGGAUGAGAUGCGUUUCAUAAAUCGAUUUUAAGCGCAUUGUCUCACCUAAGAGCAAAUCCAUGCGUUAUCUGUGAGAAGGAUUUCAUUUGAAAGUACUGUGCUGCGGUUAUUUGAAGAGCAACGUUCAGUGAAUUUGUAAAACAGUUGUGUGAAAAUGACAGAUGAAGAAGCGUCUUUUAGAAUGUUGUGUCUUUUCUAAGUGAGACUAUUUUUAAGCAUAUGGCAAUUUGUAUAAUAAAGACAGUGGAAUUUCUUUAAUCCAUAUGAGCUCAGGAAUGUAUUUCAAAAUCUUAACCGAGAUUAAGUUGAAAGUCUGCUACGUUUCUAAAAGAUAGGAUUUUGCUUACCAGCCUCUGUUUUGUAGUUUUACUUUUUAAAUGAUGCAAUUUAAUUUAUUUGCAAACCUUCCUUUUGUUGCUGCCUGGAUUAACUGCGCAACAUAGUUCAACUAUAUUAAUAUAUUUUGUCAUCUUUAAUAAAACCAUACAUUUCCUGAUA